AUGCAGAAACGGAGCCGGGGGCUGGACCGCUCGCACGCCCCGGCCCCAGGGGCUCAUCCCCGGCCCCCGCAGCCCAGCGAAGGACACGCCGGGGGUCUUCCGAGCCAAUCCCCCUUCCCUUCCCCUCCGCUCCUGCUCCCCAGCCCUCGCCCUGCCGCGCCGCCGAGGCGGGGACGCCUCACUCUGGCCGCUGCACACACGGUGCCGGUGCCGGUGCUGGUGCCGGUACCGGGAGCCCGCGGCCGCCGCGCGCACCUCCCGCUCCGCUCCCGCCGAUCGCCACGGGCGACUGGAAAGGCCACACGGCAGAGACCCUCGGCGAGCCGUGCAGCCCUCGCAGAAGGCAAUAAACUCAACCCGAGAGGGCAGCGUUGGAGCCCCCGCGGCGGCUCCUCCUCGGGCGGCCGUGCCGCCCCGGCGGGCCGGAGCCGCGGGGCCUCGGGCGGCAGCACCUUGCGGCGGGGCAGUGCCCGGGCAGGCGCCCGCCGCCCCCGCGAAACAAAAGCCCGGUGCCACCGCUGUUCCCCGCGGAGCCCGGCGCCCGUGCCGCCGAGCGCGCACGCCGCCUUACCCAGCCGACAGCCGCGACGGACUCCCCCGGCCGCCCGACUCAGCGCUGCCCCCGCGCCUCCUCUGCGCAGAGCGGCCGCUGCCGCCGCCCGCCUGACAGGAGGCAGCAGCCGCCGCGUCGCCUCAACGCCAUUGCAGGCAGCGGCGGCGGCGGCGGCGGCAGCGGGGGCACGGACACGGCUCCGCGCGCACACCCGCGGCGGCGGCGCGGGGGAGGAUGAGCCUGACCCCCGCGGACCGGGCCCGCCCGGCACCCGCCCGUUUCGGAGGAGGCAGCGUGCCCGCCCCCGCGCGGGAGGGGCAGCGUCCCGGGUCCCGGGAAAGCCCCCGCUCCUUCCCGCUGCGGGAAACCCGCGGGGCGCGGGUGGCACCGGGCGCCCGGAGAACUCCCUGCAGAUCAGGAGCCGGUGUGUUCCUUCCCUCGCUGUUGAUCCACUCACCCGGGCUGCCCGAGCCAGGAACGCGCUGGUGACAAACCCCGGCGAAACGCUCACAGCUCCGUGGGCAUGGCUUGUUCUGGCAGCUGCUGACAGGGACGGAGGAUCAUCUUUGGAGCACAACCACAAAGCCUUUGUUGUUUGUUAG